CAGCAGCUAUGACGACUGUGGAAAAAGACGUGUUCUGGCAAAUGAAACAUAUGAAAUUGCCUGAUUCUGCUGAUUAUUUGUCAAAGAUAGCUGAUGCAGAAGGAUGUCGAAGUUGGUGCCUGGGAAACUGCUCGUGCUUGGCCUUUUCUUAUGUCGAUGCUGUAGGAUGUCUGGCUUGGUGUAAAAACCUCAUAGAUACUCAGCAAUUCUCUAGAGAAGGCAAAGAUCUAUUUAUUCGACUUGUGGAUGUGGACAAAGGUGUACCUACGAAGACAAAACUCAUCAUCAGCCUAAGUACUAUUUCUGGCAUCAUGCUAUUUGGAGCUGGCAUUUCAGUGUGUGGUCUUUUCAAGUGGAGAGGGAAAUUUAGGAAAAUGACAAUCCCAAGGGUCCUUAAUUCAAAGGCCACAGCCAACAGAUCAGAGGAAUUGCUGAGGGAAACUGCAUGGAAAGGGCAAAUGAAGCAAGGUGAUGCGUCGGAAUUAAUGGUUUAUGAUUUGGACAGCAUACUCCUUGCAACAAACAACUUCAACAUGAAGAACAAACUCGGGCAGGGAGGGUUUGGCCCUGUUUAUAAGGGAAAGCUGAACGAUGGUAAGGACAUAGCUAUGAAAAGACUUUCGAGCAGCUCAGGCCAAGGCAUUGCAGAGUUCAAGAAUGAGAUCCUCCUGAUAUCCAAACUUCAACACCGAAAUCUGGUGAGACUUGUUGCUUACUGCACUGAAGGAGAAGAAAAGAUACUAGUGUAUGAGUACUUGCCGAACAGGAGCUUGGACGCCUUUCUUUUCGAUUCAAAAGAGAAGGCAAAACUCAGCUGGGGCAUCCGCUUCCACAUUAUCCAGGGCAUUGCAAGAGGGCUGCUCUACCUCCACCGCGAUUCAUGCCUCAGGGUCAUACAUCGAGAUUUGAAAGUGAGCAACAUUCUCUUGGACGAAAAAAUGAAUCCCAAGAUUUCAGAUUUUGGGCUAGCGCGGAUGUUUGAAGGCACUCAAGUUUUCGUAAAUACUCACAAAGUUGUGGGGACACUGGGUUACAUGUCUCCCGAAUAUGCCAUGGGUGGGAUAUUUUCUGAAAAAUCUGAUGUUUAUAGCUUUGGCGUACUGAUAUUGGAGCUUAUCAGCAGCAAGAAGAACACAAGUUUAGAUUACCAUGGACAGCAUCUCAAUCUCCUGACCUAUGUAUGGCAUUUGUGGUGUGAAGGCAGAGGAUUGGCCCUAAUGGAUGAAGCCAUUGCUGAUGCAUUUUCGCUGUCAGAAGUGAUGAGAUGCAUUCAAUUAGGGCUUCUCUGUGUACAGGAACAUGCCACAGAUAGACCCGACAUGUCAGCUGUGGUUCUAAUGCUAAGUGGGCAGUCUGAUCUUCCACAGCCAAAGCAACCAGCAUUUACAUUUCAACUCUCAACGACUCAUGAAGUCCAAUCAAAAGAAGAAUACAUUCAGUCCAGGAAUACCAUCACCAUUACUAUGGCUGAAGGAAGAUAAAAUUCUAAUAUGCAUUGUCUCUGACUAAUUCAUCUUUCCAGGAAUUCAGAGUUUAUCAAAUUAUCUGCUUGAAUAAAUAAUCUGUUGCUGCACUAUUACGUUGAUCUAUGAUGUAAACAUAGAGAUAGUGAG